GCAUGACUCCCAUAGCCACAAGGUCACCUGCCUUCACGAACACAAGCUUACAGCUGAACGCAAAAAGAAAUUCAUCAUGUCGCUGACGAACGCCUCGCCUCUGGAUGCCGCAAGAGCCGCUCGUCUCGCUUCGCGGAAAUUGGCCAUUCUUCCAUCCUCUGCGCGGAACGAUGCCUUGACCGCCAUUCACGAUGCUUUGGCGAAGGCAAAGGAAGAAAUCUUGAACGCAAACGCUCGUGACCUCCAGGCAGCGGUGAAGGCCGCUGAGCACGGGGAGCUGAGUCAGAGUCUUGUCAAGAGACUGGACCUGUCGAAGAAGGGCAAAUAUGAAGACAUGCUGCAAGGCAUUCUGGAUGUGCGCCAGCUUGACGAUCCUAUCGGUCAGGUUGACAAGCGGACACUGCUUGACGACGGCCUCGUUCUGGAGCGCAAGUCGUCGCCCAUUGGCGUGCUGUUGAUUAUUUUUGAGGCCCGCCCAGAAGUCAUUGCCAACAUAGCCUCGUUAGCAAUCAAGUCUGGCAACGCGGCCAUUCUGAAGGGUGGGAAGGAGUCAACAGAGUCCUUCAAAGCAAUCUCGACUGUGAUCUCGAAUGCACUGGCCUCCACGGAGGUUCCCAAUGAUGCACUGCAGCUCGUAACGACUCGAGACGCAAUCAAGCCGCUGCUGGAACUGGAUCAGUAUAUCGACCUUGUGAUCCCACGUGGCGGAAAUGAACUUGUAAGAAGCGUCAAGAAGGGAACCCAGAUUCCGGUUCUUGGUCAUGCGGAUGGGUUGUGCACGAUGUAUCUCAGGGCAGACGCCCCGUCAGACAUGGCUGUCAAGGUCAUCCUCGACGCCAAGCUAAGUUACCCGGCCGCGUGUAACGCCCUAGAGACCUUGCUUGUAGAUGAAGAUGCGCUUUCAACAACUCUGCCACAGGUAGCAUCCGCGUUGUUGAGCAAAGGAGUAGCUUUGCGAUGUGAUGCCGCCUCAAAAUCGGCGCUGCAGGCUAAACUUGACAAGCAUGACUCGGCUCUGCUACAGGAUGCGACUGAAGAAGACUACAAGACGGAGUUCUUGGAUCUCAUUCUCGCCAUCAAGACCAUUCCCAAGUCCACACCGCAAGAAGCAGUAGACGCGGCCAUCGCACACAUCAACGAGUAUUCUUCUCAUCACACCGACGCCAUACUAACGCAAGAUGAGGCCAUCGCUCGUCAUUUUCAAGACGCGGUCGACAGCGCAGGCGUCUUCUGGAACACAAGUACGCGAAUGGCAGACGGCCAGCGUUUCGGGUUCGGAACCGAAGUGGGGAUCAGUACGAACAAGAUUCACGCUCGUGGACCCGUCGGGCUGGAAGGCUUGUGCAUCUACAGAUGGAGAAUAGACGGCAAUGGGCAGGUGUCGGCGGAAUACGGCUCAGGAGGGAAGCAAUGGAAGCAUCAGAAACUGCCAGCUGGCGAUGCCGAGAGAUACGCGGCGAAUGAUGCGGAGCUUGAGGUUCUACGACAGUUUAGGGCGAAGCAGCGUGGGCUGGCAAACGGUGCUCAUUGAGCGGAUGCAAGGGGAAGGGUUCUCAAGGUCAUAUGUAGCACCAAAAGUCAACUGCAUGGUCUUCUUACCGCAUACGGGUUUUCUGGGAGUAAUUCUGGCGCGCUAUUACCCCAGAUUUUCUGGGUGGCGUGCAUAUCCAACAGCCUGCCCCGGGCAAUCGUCAUCAAAAAAUCAGAAUUUGCAGU